CCUGGGACCCAGGACCAGUCACAGAAUUUCAUCAAACGGUUUCAGCAGGGAGAUCAGCAGGAAACAAGCUUCUGAACAUCAGCCCCUGCUGUUAGCAAACAUCUACUCUCAGCGUGAUGUGGAAAAUCACAGUUCUUACAGUGUGUCUGCUGUUAGCUGCUGGAAUAAAAGCACUGGACAGCCCCUCAUACGGAGUGAAAUUAUGCGGACGGGAGUUCAUCCGUGCCGUCAUAUUUACCUGCGGAGGCUCUCGAUGGAAACGCUCCUUAACGAACACAGAUGAAAUACUGGACAUGUUCAACUCAGAUGACAAUAACAUCGCAGAUAGCUCGCUUCUGCUUCCUGGUUCUUCAUUUUCUCAGCAUUCUACUGAUCUUAAUACUCUUACGGUGGCACAGGGUGAACAGGAAGGUGGUGUGUUUAGCAGGCCCGCACGCUCUCUCAUUUCAGAAGAGGUGCUCGAAGCAUUGCGGACCGUUGACCGAAAAGGACGUGAUGUAGUGGUGGGACUGUCCAAUGCCUGCUGCAAAUGGGGCUGCAGCAAAGGAGAAAUCAGCUCUCUUUGCUGAAACAAAUCUACCUUAUGUGUGUUAUUUUUCAAUCACUGUUUGUACAUUGUCUUAAGACAUGCACAUUUUUAUUACAUUAAUGUAUAAUAAUUUAAGUAAUGGUUAAAUACUGGUUUUACAGUGCUAAUAGUUGUGAUGUUUUGUAUUCACCGUGUCCUGUUUUUCACCUGAUGUUCAUUGCAUUCUUGAAUAAAGAUGAUUAUUUGCUUUAAUCUUGACUGAAUCUUAUGCUGAAAUGUUAAGAACACCAUUAAAUCUGGGAUGUUUUUAUUUGAACCUGGAAAUAAACAAUGUUUUGACUGGC